UAUAAACUACACUAUAGACUGACUAGAAAAACGUACACAUUGUUGUUUGAAAGAAGAAAGCAAAUUAAGAUGGCCGGAGGAGCUCCUGGGGAAAGAACAUUGAAGGAAACACCAACUUGGGCUGUUGCUGCUGUCUGCGCAGUGUUCGUCAUCAUCUCAGUAUUAAUUGAACAUGGAAUCCAUAAACUUGAAAAGUGGUUUCACAAAAAACAUAAGAAGGCCAUGAGUGAAGCCUUGGAGAAAAUCAAAGAAGAAUUAAUGCUGUUAGGAUUCAUAUCCUUGUUACUUACAUUUGGUACAAAAUAUAUUGCAAAGAUAUGCAUCCCUAAUAAGUUAGGUGAUAGCAUGCUUCCAUGUAAGAAGGGGGAAGUUGAAGAAGAGUCAAAAGAUGAUAGGAGAAGGUUACUUUCUUUUGAUUUUGAUGAGAAUGUGGUAUGGCGUCGAGGUUUGGCACCUGCAGCCGGUGGUGAUGACUAUUGCUCAAAUAAAGGUCAAGUGCCUUUAAUAUCUCAAUCUGGGGUGCACCAAUUGCAUAUAUUUAUAUUUGUGCUAGCCGUUUUUCACAUUUUCUACAGUGUCAUGACUAUAGUUCUAGCUCGAGCAAAAAUGCAGAAGUGGAAGGCUUGGGAAACAGAAACAUCAUCCGUGGAGUACCAAUUUACACAUGAUCCUUCAAGGUUCAGGUUUGCGCAUCAAACUACAUUCGUUAAGCGUCACUCAGGCUGGUCUGAGAAGCCAGGAAUAAGAUGGAUAGUGGCAUUCUUCAGACAAUUUUUUGCGUCGGUGAGUAAGGUGGAUUACAUGACUAUGCGGCAUGGGUUUAUUAACGCACAUUUUGCUCCUGAUAGCAAAUUCGACUUUCAUAAAUACAUCAAAAGAUCAAUGGAGGACGAUUUUAAAGUGGUCGUUGGUAUAAGUGUUCCUUUAUGGGCUUUUGCGAUCAUUUUUCUGCUUAUGAACGUUUACAAUUGGUACACGCUCACUUGGUUAUCAUUAGCGCCGCUGGUGAUACUUUUAUUAGUGGGCACAAAGCUUGAACUGAUAAUCAUGGAAAUGGCUCAAGAAAUCCAAGAUCGUACUACAAUUGUAAGAGGUGUGCCCGUGGUAGAGCCCAACAACAAGUAUUUUUGGUUUAAUCGCCCCCAUUGGAUCAUCUUCUUGAUUCAUUUUACCUUAUUCCAGAAUGCUUUCCAAAUAGCCUAUUUCUUGUGGACUUGGUAUGAGUUUACAAUCACAUCUUGCUUCCAUGAGAACUUGCCACUAAUAGUGACAAGGGUUGUCCUUGGGGUAGCCUUACAAGUCCUAUGCAGUUACAUAACAUUUCCUCUCUAUGCACUAGUGACACAGAUGGGAUCUCACAUGAAGAGAGGAAUAUUUGAGGAGCAAACAACAAAAGCACUUAAAAAAUGGCAAAAGGCAGCAAGAGAUAAGAGGAAGUUAAGGAAUGCAGGAUCAAUAGAGAUUCCUUCAGUGAGUGGAGACACAACACCAAGCCAAGGAACAUCACCUUUGCACUUGCUUCACAAGUUCAAACCUAGUAACCAAACAGACACAGAUAGUGUUCUAUAUUCUCCAAGAUCAUACCAAUCUGAAACUGAUUUUUCAGACACAGAAGGAUCUACACACCAAUUAAAUUUGAAUCAAAUUAUGUCACCACCUCAACACCAUCCUGCAGGGAACAAUCAACAAAAUCAUAAUAUUGACUUCUCAUUUGAUAAGCCUUAACAAGUAACAAUGGCCUAAUUUUUUGACCAACUUGUGUGGCUGUGUGUCAACUUUCAACACAAAUAAUUAAUAUCUGUUACAAGUAUGAAUAAUGUUCACGCCGUAGACAACAUCAAACACUUCUUAGUUUUUUCUUUUAAAAUAUGUGCAUAUUCUUUUAAGCUAAGAUUAAUCCACACAUCCAAUUUUAGCAAAGUACAAGGCAUUAACCCACACAUCCAAGGCAUGCUCUAGGAUUCAAGUACUAUUGAACAAUGUCGCAAUCCAUGCUAUUUUAUUUGUACUUCAGCCCGUUCCAAGGGAACCUUUUUACUUCUUCAAUCAUUUGAUCCAUACUAAUAUCUUUGUUUUUAAACAGCUUAUCAUUUCUUGAUUUCCAAACGCUCCAUAUGGCAGCAAUCCAAAUUACACUUACUCUCAAAUAAAGCGCACUUCCGCUACUAA